GUCAGUGGUUUUCGAAUAAAAAAAAGCUAGGAUUUAAAAGUUAUAAAUGAAAAGUUUCCAUUUUAUGCACAACAAAGGAGCUCAAUUAAGAAAACUGCCAUUUCAAAGAUGUUUUUCUCAUGGUCAAGUAUCUUUCAAAAAUACAAGCUCAUCAUGGAUAAAGAGGCAUUUAUCUGACCCUUAUGUCAAAAAUGCAGCCAGAGAUGAUUACAGAUGCAGAAGUGCUUACAAAUUGCUAGAGCUAAAUAGUAAAUUCAAUUUCUUGCAGCCUGGAAAAACUGUGAUUGAUUGUGGAGCAAGUCCAGGAUCGUGGACGCAAGUAGCUAUCCAGAAUGUGCACCCCAGCAAACAAGGAUUGAGAAAUGCAAGUCAAGGCAUUGUUAUUGGGAUUGACCUUUUAGAUAUCAAGGAUAUACCAGGAGCAACAUUGUUAAGUGGACAUGAUUUCACAACAAAAGAAACACAAAAAAAGAUUUUAUCUUUACUACCAGAUAAWAGAGCUGAUGUCAUACUCAGUGACAUGGCCCCUAACUCAUCUGGGAAUCACAGCAUGGAUCAUGAGGCCAUUUUGGAAUUGGCAGAAGAUGUUUACCAUUUUGGUAUUAAUGUUCUGAAGAGUGGAGGCACAUUUGUUUGCAAGAUUUGGGACGGAAGGGGGACACAAGAUUUUAUGAAGAAUAUUCAAGUUCAUUUCAAGAGGGUGAAGAAAGUCAAACCACGUGCAAGCAGAAAAGAAUCUGCUGAGAUCUACAUAUAUGCUGAUAGAUUUCAACAAUAAAUAACAAGAACUCA